AUGGAUGAUACUCAUGAAGAAGAAAAUAAUAAUGCUUACUUGUACAUUGGGUUAUGGCAAAAGAUCACAGUUACUAUAAGGAUCGUUGUAGAAUAUAUUUACUCGGAUAUUAAAAAGAGACCACGAUCAUUCAAGAUUGGGUUAUUUACAAUCUACUUAGUAGUUAUGUUUUUAGCAUUGAUACAGAGUGCCUUCUCACUCAGUCCUCUUAUUUUCAUUCAAUUAGCUGAAACUACGGCUGGUGAUACUGAUUUAGUGUUCACCCCAGUACCUACGGAGAAUAAGACAAGAUCGAAUACUGACAUUGGACCAUAGAAUUCAAACUUCUAAGCAUCCUAGAACUUGGUAAACGGAUUCAGUUUAGUGAAUCAGACUGAAAUAGUUAAAAUCACGAAGGAAAUUGGUGAAAUAUUUGAUUCAACUCCAAGAUGGUUAAUGAUUGGAAAUUUGCAAAACCCAAAAGAAAAUAUAACUAAAAUAAGUGAUUAAAUUCGAUCAUUCUUUUUAUUAAUUGAUAGUGAGAAGGAAAUCAGCAUAGGAUUGGGAAGGAGAUUGGACACCAACAUAAUCAAUAAUAAUGAAGUGCUUGUUACAUCGAGUGGAUUAAGAGGUUUGAAUGCCACUAUUGGAGACAUUUUAAAUAUGAAUAUUGAUGUCAUUCAAUUUCUAUCAACUUACGUUAUUACUGAGAACAAUAACAAUGACCCAACUACUUUCAUAAUGGCUGCUUUUGACACCUACUUGAAUCGUCCUUUGGAGUUGAUCUACGGAGAAAAUUUCACAAGGCAAGAAUACACUGGGUAUUAAUUAAAGGAGUUGUCUUCGGAAUUCAUGAUUUUCACAGAUAUUUUAGAUAGCAAUCCAGAUUAGAAGUAGUCAUUAAAGGAAAGCUUUCAGAAUUAAAUUAACUAAUCUGGUAUUUCGGGUGAUUAAAAGGAUAUUGCAAAUACAGCCUUCGAUGUCUUAUUUAACCAAGAAUUAGGAUAUUUUUCAAGACUUUUAGCCACCUUUAUUCAAUCAUUAGGUGACAAUGAUGUUGUUUCUAUUUAUAUGGUUGAGGAGGUAGUGGCUGAUAUAAUUGCAGAUUCAUUAGACUUUGACAUUUAACUGAGGGUUAAGGAGAGUAUCAAAUCACCUAAAGGGAAGUGGGCAGAUGGUUUGGGUAACAUCGUAGUGAUGGACUUUAGAAAUGCAACUAUCAUUUUAAGGGAAGCAUUCAUAAUCACAUUGAAUAAUACAAUUGAAGAUUAUAAAUAAAACAGUCCAACCAAUAGCAUAGAAGAAAUUGUAGCUUAUAAUAUUCCUGCUGAAGAUCUUUUUGGCUACAUCAGAAAUUUUACUGAUGCAAUUAAAUUGGAAGAGUUUUCAUUAACUAGUAAUUUGGUAGUCAGAGACAGAGUUUCCAAAUACACUAAUUAAGAUAACAUCGAUAAUUUUGUUUUGGAUGUCUCAAACUCCUUUUUUGAUAAAGUUGGGUAUGAUUAUCCUGUUAAGAUCUCUGUUCCAUUGGCAACUGCAAUUAAAUAAUACUUGCUUUUGGGAAAUUUUGUAGACAAUUUAGUAGUUUCAGCAACAUUUCUGUUAUUGAUGUUAUCAAUUCUAUUGAUUUAUUCAUUGAUGAUUGGAGAUGUUGAAGAGAAGACUUAUGAGUUUGGAAUGUUAAGAGCAUUGGGAUUCUAGAAAUGGUGGCUCAUAAUUCUACUAUUAUUGUAAGCAUUCACCUUUGCCAUACCAGGCUUAGCUUUGGGAUUGAUCACAUGUUAUAUUCUGAAUUCCUUGAUUUCCAUGUUCAUAUUUGAUUCAGCCGUGUUGAUGUCCUCAUAUGAUAUUGCAACAUCAGCUAUAGGUCUAUCAUUUGGUUUAGGCCUGUUCAUUCCAUUAGCAAGUAACAUCCUGCCUAUUUUAAGAGCUCUGUCAAAAUCACUGCGAGACUCUUUAGAUUUAUAUCAUAGAGCAAUAAACGAUAUCUUAGUCAAUGUGAUUAAAUUGGAGAAAAUGGGAAUAUCAAUUGAUUAAUUUUUUUCAGCUGCUCUCCUAGUUAUUAUGGGAUUUGUAAGCUAUUAUUUAAUUCCGAUGGCAUUCAUAUUCAGUAAUAUUUAAUUAGCACUUGCAGUAAUAAAUAUCAUUUUAAUUGUAAUGAUAAUUGGAUUUACAUUAUUAGCUAAUUUAUUGGAAGAACCACUUGAGAAAGGUAUUUUGAAAUUGAUAUUAUGCAUUUUCAAGAAGGACAAAAAUCUAGAGAAAAUAAUCUUCAAGAAUUUGGAAGCUCAUUAUAGUAGAAAUUGGAAAACCACAUUGAUGUACACAAUAGCAUUGGCAUUCUUAAUAUUUGCAGGUGCAGGAUUUGCAUUGCAAACGAGUGUUAUCACAGAUGUAUUGUAAUCGUUUUUAGGGGCUGACAUAAGUGUGUAGGCUCUGCAAUCAGAUAAAAGAGGAUUGGAUGAAUAUAAUAUAAGAGUGUUUUUAAAUAAGACAAUCACAGAAGACCCGUCUCUUAUUUAAGAUUACUCGUUUACUUCUUUAAUGUUAUCUCAAAUACCUGAAAUGCCAUAGAGUCACUUUAUUUCCACUUUGGCAAAGUUCCCAUUCAAGAAGGUCUUCUUGGGAGCAGUAGAACAAAAUUAUUUAAGUGCUUGUUUAGAUGCCUUUUAUAUUCCAAAUGAUUACGAUGCAAAAGUAAAGUAUGCAACAUUGACAGAUGGAGUGAAGGAUGGUGUCUCUGGUAUAUAUGAUAGAUCAGAUGUUCAAGAUAGAGAUGCCUUUUAUGAUCCAUUCACUCUGGUAGGAUCAUAGUAGAUCAGAUAACAAUGGUACAAAGAUUUGAGUUACGAAAAACCCAACUUAUAUACGACAAUAGAUAGGGAAAUCAACAUUGUGGUUCCUUAAGGUUACAUCUAUGAAGCGGGUAUAAAUGUUGACACUCCAUCAAUCUUAUAUGUAGACAGAAGACUGUACAGAACUAAUGUUAGACACAUGGCUACCAAGGUUCCAGGGUAUUUGUUUUCUAGUUAUCGAUCAAUGGUUGGAAAUGGAUUGAUUAGUAUGGAGGAUGCUUUAUACAUUAUUAACGAUUAUUUCCAAGGUGAUAUUCGAGAAGGCAAUCUAGAGAAUGAAAGAGCCAAUUUGUAUUUUUAGUCUCUUCCAAAAAAUUUAUCUUAUGGAUUACCUAAGGAUAAUUUACAAAUUAAAUUUGGGAGAUCAACUACUGAAUAAGAGAGGGUAGAUUUUUCAAAUGCACUCAGAAACUACUUCUUGAACGAACAGACUCUUCUGUUUGAUGUCAUUACACUAAAGAAAGAGGCUGAAGAUACCUUCUAUUUCAUUACCAUCUUUUAUGUGUUGGUUGCCAUCGUAGCCAUGACUCUGUCGUUCUUCCUCAUCUUGGUUUCCUUUGUCAGCAAUGUUAAGGAUAACUCUUGGGAGUUUGGCGUGUUAAGAGCUGUGGGCUUAAAUAAGGCUUAAAUCACAAGGGUGUACAUAUAUGAAGCAGUGUCCUUGAUUACAGCAUCAGGACUGAUUGGAACAAUUGUUGGUUUGGUUGUUGCAAUCACAUUAACUUUGUAAAUUCUCAUGUUCACUGAAUUUUCCUUCAAAUUCAUAUUCCCAACAGAGAUAUUUUUGAUAACAUUCUUAGGAGGGUUCAUCACAGCUACAGGGGCUAGUUAUUUGGCAGUUUUAGAAAUCAGAGACAAGAGCAUAUCAACAAUACUUAAAGGGUUGUAUUGA